CUAGUUCCGUAACUACUUCCGGACACGCAAUGUUUACUAUUAUUUAGACAUAUUUCAGUUUGUAAAUAGAAAUUAAUAACAAUGACCAAUGCAUACUCGUUCGAUGGUCUUCUGGUUUUCAGCUUGUUAGUGAUCUGUACAUGUGCCUAUAUGAGGAGAGUUCCUCGCUUGAAACAGUGGUUUUUGACAGAGAAGAAAGGAUUUCUUGGUGUUUUCUAUAAAGCGUCCGUGAUUGGAACCCGUUUACACAUAGCAGUGGCCUUGUCGUGUAUGUUGAUGGCAGUCUACGUAUUGGUGCUAAAGUGAACGACUAUCACUCACAACCACAGUUUGGCAUAGGAACAUCAGUAGCCGAUCAAGGACACCGGUUUUCUUCAUGGGGAAAACACAAAGACAUUCUUCCAUCAUUAGUUGAGAGGUGAAAACAUACCGGGUAUUUUGCUCUCAGAAACAGAUAUCAACAUUUAUUAUCCACAUAGUUCAAGAUAUUCAAGGAAAUAUAACCAGUAUGACCCACGUGUGUCAUAAUCAUUUCACAUGCACAACGAAUGACGUAAUUUUGUGAAGCGAUGUCAUAACUUAAUGUGGCUUCCCCAGUGUAAACACUUCUCAAAAUGACAUCAUUUCUGAAAAUGAUGUCAUUUCGUCAUCUCUUUUUAGUUACAUUUGAAACGUUUUGACAUUGUCCAUGCUUGGUAUUCACAAAAAUAAUAUUUUGGAUAAUGUGGAUAAUAA